AUGCCUUCUCUGCUCUCCAAAUUCUUGGCCCUGUCCCUGGCGAUUGGUGUAUCGCUGGUGUCCGCGUCCCCUGCGGCUAGCAACACCAGCGCCUUGGUCACGCGUCAAGCUAACGCUCCUCCGAACUGCUUCCCUGCCUUGGGGUUCAAGAUGCCCAGCUCCGUCCCGUCAUCCUUGAACAACUGGUGGUGUGAUUACAGCACCGAAUACGCUUUCGUAGGCGUCAGCUACGAGAUUACCCAUUGUCAAAGCUUGGAUCAACUCAGGAGGGAAUUCACCGACGUCCGAAACAGAUUCAAGGGACGCUACAUCCGGUUGUACGGUUUUUGCGACCAGCCGGGCUACUAUAACAACGUGAUCGAAGCGGCUUGGUCUGCUGGUGUCGGUGUACACGCCUUGAUCUGGUUCGGCUUUGAUGGCACAGACAUCUACAAGAGCCGCCGAGAGGCCUUGUUCAGUGUCCUCCAGUCCAACCCGAAGGCCAAAUUCGUUACGCGGGUCGUCCAGUUCGGCUCUGAGCCCCUCUUCGAUUGGGCGAUUUCUGCACGGGGCCUUGCCCAAGAGGUCCGCGAUGCAAAGUCGAGGCUGGCCAAUUUGAAAAUCCCGGUUACUGUCAGUGAGAUGGCCUACGGGUACCAAGCGCGAGAGAACGAUGGCUCGAAGGAGGUCUUGCAAGCUGUCGACUUCAUUGACGCGCAUAUGCUGCCUUUCUUCUCGCACAAGGCGUCUACGGCCAAGGCGUCGUGGCCCAUCGUUAUGGAAGACCUCAACUGGUUCUUUAACAACGGGUUGGGGAAGAAGAUUUACCUGAGCCAGCCAAAUAGCCCCAAUGCCGUGGCCAACAUCCAGAACGAACAGGUUGGUGUCCAGCUCGUUGGAGGCCACCGAGACGAUAGAUUGGCUGAUCCCAUUUUCCAGGACUAUUACGAUCUUCUCGACUCGCACUGUGUCGAUUUCAAGAACAUGAAAGGCGGUGGAGUCGGCUGGUUCGCCCAUAUCUAUUCCGACAACCAAGAGCCUGGCUACGGCAUUUACGGCUACAAUGGCCAACUGAAGAUUAGGUUCCAACCCAAGACAUCAUGUUAA